CAACGGAAAGAGCCGAAGAUAUCGACUCGCAGUGCCACCUGUAAGUGUCCAUUAGUGCCAGCUGUCAGUGCUCAUCCAUGCCACCUGCCAGUGCCCAUCAGUGCCACAUCAAUGCCACAUAGUGCCUACCAGUGCACAUCAAUGCCACAUAUCAGUGCCCAUCUGAGCUGCCUUUCAGUGUCACCCAUCAGUGCCAGUCAGUGCCACCUAUCAGUGCCAGUCAGUGCCGCCUAUCAGUGCCCUGCCACCUACCAGUGCCUCCUCAUCAGUGCCCAUCACUGCCACCUAUCAGUGCCCAUCACUGCAGCCUCAUUAGCACACAUCAGUGAAGGAGAAAAAUCACUUAUUUACAAAAUUUUAUAA